AAAUGGAUGAAAGCAGACUGAGUGGAGAGGAAGAAGCUCCACGGAGACAGCUACACGUCUUUGGCCGUGACGUUUCGCAGAUUCCCUGCUUUCGUAAUAGCUUUCUAUACGGGAUUGGUGGAGGAGUAGCGAUAGGUGUAGCUACAUUCCUUGGCACGUCCCGCACUCGACUUUCGACGCAUGUUGGUUUUGGCUGCUUUUUUACUGGCACACUUACCUAUUGGCUGGUUUGCAGGUAUCAGUGGUCAAAAAAGCGCUUUGAGUAUCAACAAUUACAGGAAGCUAUGCGGAAGCAGAGUCUAUACGAGGGCACCGAUCUUGAGCGACAAAUAUUGGAAGAUGCCUAAGUUUUACGUUUAGCUAUAUUGGUCUUGACUCUAGAAAGCUAUGCUGGGCUAUCGCUGAAUACAUCGUAGUCCGAUUUUCGCGAAAUAUACAAAAAUGCGAUCACAGUCCGAAAUCCUACGAACGUAGCAUUCAAAUUAUUUGCUACGUUCGUAGUACUCGCGUUCAGUGAUAACAUUUUCGUAAAUUUUACGAAAAAUCGGACUACGAUGGAUCCAGUGAUUGCCCUGACUAUGUGCAAAUAUGUAUACGUACAUCCAUAUACAUACAUAUAAUAUUUAAGAAAAUUGUUGUUUAUUGUUCGUGCCUACACUGUACAUACGGCUUGUGAUUAAGCCCCAUUAAAAAUUUAGUUUUAAAACAGAAAUCUUUUAAAUGUACUCCACAGAUGCCUACCAUAAACUCGGACAGAAUAGGUGCGAAGAAUAUUGGGUUUGAAAAUGCUGAACAUUUUAGACAAUUAUGUAUUAUACUAACACACUUGAAAUCUGCUAAAACGUAAUCCAUGUUAAGUACGAUCGUCAGAAGAUACCUUAUAAUUUAUUCGGCCUUAUCGCGAAUUUCAUGUUAACAAAUAUUCCUAAAAAUUUCCCAAUUUGUAUUUUGCCUGUUAAAUUAUGGGUACGAUUUAUUCACAUGCAGUUGGCUAUGAGGCUGAUUGUUUAAUGGAGGAAAUCUAUUUUGUAUGAAAUUUAACGUGUUAGGAAGUAUUUCGCGAGUGGCAUGGCUGAAAAAAUCUUUGUCAGGAUAUUUUUACAAGCUUUUACUUAACUUGCUUGAAACUUCACAGUUGGCUUAGAACCCCAUUACAAUGCAAUACGAAAGAAGAAUUAAUGCAAUAGAUGACGCAGGAGUCGGGAUGUUUGAAAAUGAAGAAAUUAUGUACCAAUCGAAAGUUUUAAGCUUAUAGAACGUGAAAACGUUGGGUUGUCUAUUUCUUCCUGACUUACCUAUAGGGUUAGCAGGUGUGAACAGGUAAGUGAUAGUAGUAAUUUUCACUCAUCUGUUUGAUACAUUCUAUAGGCUUUAUGCUAACGAUUAGUAUAUCGCUAGCUUAGAGUGAAAAGUUGUCAAGUCCCAUUUUAAAUAUUUUGCAGGAGAGGAA